ACCCCCUAGCUAGCCUCUCUCCUCCUCUCAACCACAACAUUCUUAUUUUCUGCUAAUACUGCUAUUAUUAUUAUUUUUCCUUUCAGUAUUACCCCUACCAAAAAAAAAUGGCAACUCCACUCAAUUCCGACCACUCGGUGAGCUUUUCGGAGCCGAGGGGCUUCGCCGCCACCUUCAAAUCCGAUCUCAAGGAGACCUUCUUCCCCGACGACCCCUUCGGCCGCUUCCGCGACGAGGACCGCCCCCGCCGCCGCCUGAAGAAGGCGGUUGAGUACUUCGUCCCGAUCUUCGGAUGGCUCCCCAGGUACAACUUCCGCCUCUUUCGGUUCGAUUUGCUCGCCGGAAUCACCAUCGCCAGCCUCGCCAUCCCUCAAGGGAUCAGUUACGCCAAACUCGCCAACAUUCCUCCGAUCAUUGGCCUAUAUUCGAGCUUUGUACCGCCGCUUAUAUAUGCCGUUUUUGGAGACUCGAAGCAUCUGGCGGUGGGGACGGUGGCGGCGUGCUCGUUGCUCAUCGCCGAAACCAUCGGGAAAGCGGCGUCGCCGGAGUCCGAUCCGGCAUUGUACCUGCACUUAGUUUUCACUGCCACCUUCGUCACCGGCAUCUUUCAGACACUUUUAGGUUUUCUAAGGUUAGGGAUAUUGGUGGAUUUCUUAUCUCAUUCCACGAUUACUGGCUUCAUGGGAGGGACCGCAACACUGAUUUGCUUGCAACAGUUGAAAGGCAUAUUUGGAAUGAAGCAUUUUACGACCAAAACAGACAUCAUCUCUGUUGUUCAUGCUAUCAUCAAAUAUAGACAUGAGUGGAGGUGGGAAAGUGCAGUAGUUGGCAUAAUCUUCCUUAUUUUCCUUCAAUUUACCAGAUAUAUUAGGCAAAAAAGGCCAAAGCUAUUUUGGGUAUCAGCAAUGGCUCCAAUGGUAGUCGUCGUAGUUGGCUGUGUUUUUGCUUAUUUGAUCCAUGGACCAGAACAUGGGAUACAAACUGUGGGCAAACUGAAGAAAGGCAUUAAUCCUCUGUCCAUUCAUUAUUUGAACUUUGACUCAAAAUAUUUACCAGCAGUUUUGAAAACAGGGCUCAUUACUGGCCUAAUUUCUCUGGCUGAAGGAAUAGCUAUUGGGAGGAGCUUUGCUAUCAUUAACAACGCCCAAGUUGAUGGGAACAAGGAAAUGAUUGCUUUUGGCUUCAUGAACAUCGUUGGAUCUUGCACUUCAUGUUAUUUGACUACAGGGCCAUUUUCGAAAACGGCGGUGAAUUACAGCGCUGGAGCAAGGACGGCGAUGUCGAACGUAGUAAUGGCAUGUUGCAUGGCGUUGACGUUGUUGUUCUUGGCCCCUCUGUUUAGCUACACGCCUCUCGUUGCUCUAUCUGCCAUUAUCAUGUCCGCUAUGUUUGGCCUCAUCAACUAUUCCGAGAUCAUUCAUUUGUUCAAGGUUGACAAGUUUGAUUUCUUCAUCUGCGCGGCCGCCUUCUCCGGGGUCGUCUUUAUUAGCAUGACGGUCGGCCUCAUGCUCUCCGUGGGACUUGGUCUGCUGAGAGCUCUUCUGUACGUGGCUAGACCAGCCACUUGCAAGCUUGGAAAAAUACAAAACUCAAUCCUGUACCGUGACACAGAGCAAUAUCCUGGCGCCACAGUGAUCCCAGGAGUCAUGGUCUUGCAACUCGGUUCUCCCAUAUUCUUUGCAAAUGGAAACUAUAUUAGAGAAAGGAUUUUGAGGUGGAUUAGAGACGAGGAAGCCAAUUCAGAAUCUGAAGGGGGUGUGAUUGAGCAUGUUUUGUUGGAUUUGACAGGAGUUUCAACUAUAGACGUGACCGGCAUUGAAACAUUGACUGAAGUUCAAAGAACUUUGUAUUCAAAGGGGGUUAAGAUGGCCAUAGUAAACCCAAGGUUGAGAGUGAUGGAAAGGUUCAUACAAUCACAUUUCAUAGACAAGAUUGGGAAGGAAAACUUCUUUUUAUCAGUGGAGGACGCCGUGGAGGCAUGCCAGUUUUCACUUCACAAAUCGAAGCAAAACGGCGACGUAACCUCUGAACCACACUCCACUAUUACGUCUCUUUGACAUUUGUGCAUGUCAAUAUUACUUUAGUUUUUUUUUUUUUUUUUUCAAUGAAAUUUGUUACACCUGGUUUUUUGCCCCUGUAAGAUAGUGAAGAAGAUGAAGAAGAAGCAAUAGAUAAGUUUACAUUUUUUAGUUAAUGCCUGUAAUAUUGUGGUUAAAAUGUUGUAAAUUACAGAUACUUCUCUGGCAAUAUACGAAAUAUGUAUUUGGGGAGUUGUUUUUAUCAAGGGGGUGGGCUACGUGGUUGUAACAAAUAUCUUAUUAGAUUAAAUGAAACGUCUCGGUU